AUUUUUCGUAUUCUUUUAUAAACAUCUUUUUUCUUUAUCUAUUUAGAUAUUUGAAGGAGGAAAAAUAUUAAAUCAAUUUAUGAGAAGAUGUGGAUUGUUACUUUCUUCAAAUUUCUACUAAUUGGAGGUUAUCUUUUUAUGAGAAUCAAAGCUGAUAGGGAAAUUAUUAUUCCUCCUCGAAUGUUUUCUUUUAUUUCUCCUGAAGAGAAGGUUUUUCUUCAGGAUGAAACGGUUACAUUAAACUGUGAAUCAGAAGGAACUCCGUUGCCGAAAUAUAGUUGGAAGAAAGAUGGAAAACGAAUUGUGCAAAAUGAAAGAAUAGCAAUUAAUAAUGGAAAAACUAUAAUAAAAGAUGCUAUGAAAUCUGACGAAGGUUAUUAUCAAUGCUUUGCCACUAAUUCUGGAGGAACGUCUGUAUCAGAGAAGAUAUCUUUGAGAAUGGCAGUUUUGGAAAGUUUUACAAGUAAAAAAAUAAAAACCUAUCAAGGAAAGAUAGGUGCAGAAGUGAAGUUAUUAUGCAUUGCACCCAGAUCUUAUCCUGCACCGGAAAUUUUCUGGGUUCAUAAAUGGCAUAAAAAUAAUUCAGUUGUGCCGGUGAUUUUGAAUAGACGAAUUGCCAUGGAUCCGGAUGGAAAUUUAUAUGUUUUGGCAGUUGCUGAGGAAGAUUUCAUUGAUGGAAAAGUAUGGGCUUGCGCAGUGAGAAAUAAAUUUCUACAUAGAACGGAGAUUGGCUUUUACAGUGUAAUUCAGCCUCAACCGAACGUACCCCAGUCUCAACAUCAUAAAUUACUACUCGGCAGUGCAAAGCACCAGGUGGCGCUACAAGGCGAGACUAUUCAACUCAUUUGCAUAUUUGGAGGGGAUGCUAAUCUUAAUAUUCAAUGGGGGCGAACUGAUGGACAGGCAUUAAAAAAUAGUCACGAAAUAGAGAAAUUCGGUAGGCGGUUGACUUUACGUCAAGUUGACUCGACAGACUCCGGAACUUAUUUUUGCUUUUGUCGGGGAACCGAGCAUCAUAUUGAGUUAACGGUUAAAUCAGAAAGAUUAAGGCCUGAGUGGGACAAAAUGCCACUAUCUGUAGAUGCUAAUGAACAAGACAAUGUUGAAUUUCGAUGCAGUCCUAAAGAUAAAGACAAUGCCCAUACAUCUUGGUUUAUAAAUGGUGAAUCUAUCUCUAAACUUGAUCUAGAUCCAAGCUGGGUUGUGAAUAAAUAUUCUUUGAUCAUAAGUAAUGUUACAGCCGAAGAUAUCCAAGUGAUACAAUGUAACAUUUCUUCACACCAUGGAUACAUUUUCGCAAAUGCAUAUUUGAACGUGAAUAUAAAGCCGAGAAUACAAGUAAAAGCUCUUCAGGAUGUCGUUGAGGGAGCAACUGCAGUGUUGGCUUGGAAAAUAAUCGUCAUCCGAAACCUAAUGUCUAUUGGAUGAAGGGAAACGUGAUAAUUUCGGAAAACGCAAGAUUUAGAGUAACUACUGAUGGCUUUUUAAGAAUCUUCAAUGUAUCUACAGAGGAUGCCGGACUUUACACUUGCACAGCGAAAAAACACAGCGGGAAAGAUGUCGGCCAGAGGAUCUCUGGUUGUGAUUAGUCCUUCUGUAGCAGUAAAUAAACAAGACCGUGUUUACAAUAAAAGAGAAUCAACAGUUAAGAGUCCAGACAAUACUGAAACAAAAACGGAAAAUCUUCCAAAGAAAAGUAAUAAGAAAAUAUAUAUGAAUAGUGGAGGAUUUGAAGUGGAAGUAACGAAUAUUUUUAUAUGUCUUUUCUUGCCUUUUUUAGUAAAUUUCUUUUAUAAAUUUACGAGAUUUAUACACCCAACAGCGAGA